CGCGAAAGAGGGAGCUCUUGUGUCUGUGUAAAACUCUGCAGACAUGGAGAGUGGGUCUUUACGGGACUUUCGGGACUUGUGCACGUUUGAUAGUUUUAAGGGUUUCUGGCGCUAUUACGGAUACGGCGUCGAUCAACAAGAGCUGAUCGAUCGGGAGUUUAAGCGGAUUAAAGGUGUCACAUACCUGGAUCAUGCUGGGACAACGCUGUUUCCUGAAUCCCAGAUUAAAGGAUUUCAUGACGAUAUAUCUAGGAAUGUUUAUGGCAACCCUCACAGUCAUAACCCUAGCAGUAGACUAACACACGACACUGUGGAAAGCGUCAGAUACAGGAUACUGGAACAUUUUAACACAUGUCCUGAAGAGUACUCAGUGAUUUUCACAUCAGGAUGUACUGCAGCACUGAAAUUAGUGGCUGACACUUUCCCCUGGAAGGCCGCGUCCAACGAGGGCCAAGGAAGUCAGUUCUGUUAUCUCACUGACAACCACACCUCUGUGGUGGGCAUUCGCGGUGUGACCGCGCUCCAGGGAGUCGGCACGGUUUCUGUUCUACCUCACGAAGUGGAGAGAAGAGCGAGAAAACCCCCGACACAGACAAACGGAGAGGAGCGCUCAGCACCUCAUCUUUUCUGUUAUCCUGCCCAGAGCAACUUCUCAGGCAGAAAGUAUCCCCUGAGCUAUGUGAAGGGAAUUCAGUCUGGGCGGCUCUAUCCAGCAUGCGAGCGCCGCGGUCGAUGGUUUGUUCUCCUGGACGCUGCCUGUUUUGUAAGCUGCUCACCUCUGGAUCUAAGCCAGUGUCCUGCUGAUUUUGUGCCAAUAUCUUUCUACAAAAUGUUUGGCUUCCCGACCGGACUCGGAGCCUUGCUGGUGAGGAACGAAGCUGCUGAGGUCUUGAGAAAAACCUACUUUGGAGGAGGCACAGCAUCGGCUUAUCUCGUGGCGGAUAACUUUUUUGUACCGAAGCCAAAUGUAGUCAGCAGGUUUGAGGAUGGCACAAUCUCCUUCCUCGACAUCAUUUCUCUCCAUCAUGGCUUUGAAGCGCUCCAGAAGCUUACAGGCAGUAUGCUUAACGUUCAGCUUCACGCGUUUGGCUUGGCUCGCUACACCUACGUUGUCCUCUCGUGUCUGCGUCAUAGCAAUGGAAAACCUGUGGCACGGAUCCACUGCGAUAAUGACUUUCAGAAUAUUGAUGAACAGGGUGCAGUCCUCAACUUUAACCUGCUGGACUGUCAUGGACAAACAGUAGGAUAUUCUCAGGUGGACAAAAUGGCCAGCCUCUUCAAUAUUCAUGUUCGCACGGGCUGUUUCUGCAACACGGGAGCCUGCCAACAUUAUCUGGAUAUCAGCAACCAAAACGUGAAGAGCAAUUUGCAUGCCGGUCACAUCUGUGGAGACAACAUCGAUCUGAUCGAGGGGCAUCCCACAGGAUCCGUCCGCGUGUCUUUUGGCUACAUGUCUAGCUUUGAGGACUGUCAAAACUUUCUUCGGUUUGUUGUGAAUUGUUUCGUGCACAAACCUCUCAUAUUGGACAAGAAGAGGCUGGCCGAGCUCAAGUCAGCUGAACCGAUGGAGUCGGCGGCCUCUCGUGACCUAGCAUCAAUACCAAACGGCCAACUAGGGCAAACUAUCAGUCCUUCACCUGAGAGAAUAACACCAUCUGAAGACACCGUGUCUCAAGAAGGGAAGAACAAUGGCAGUAGCCAUACACUAACCAAUCUCUUCAUCUAUCCUGUCAAAUCAUGCGCAUCGUUCGAGGUGACAGAGUGGCCACUGGGACCCCAGGGGUUGUUGUAUGACCGUUUUUGGAUGGUUGUGAAUGAGAACGGAGUUUGUCUGAGCCAGAAAAGAGAGCCAAAGCUGUGUCUCAUCCAUCCUAUCAUCUGUCUGGCCUCUAACACACUGCAGCUGCAGGUCUCAGGCACGGAGCCCGUCACUGUUCCCUUGGAGACCGGUCUUAUGAAUUCAGAUCUAAGGACAUCCCAGAGCAAAGUUUGCGGUGACAGGGUGCAGACAGUGGAUUGUGGGGAGGAAGUGUCAGCCUGGCUUUCUGAGUUUCUGGGAAAACCUUGUCAUCUAGUAAGGCAGAGACCUAAAUUCAUGCGUGAUAUGAAAUUUAAAUCGGAAAAAGCGGAGAAUUUCGGUCCCAGCGCUCUCUCUCUGGUGAAUGAGGCUCAGUUUCUGCUUAUUAACAGAGCCAGUGUGUCUUUUCUGCAAGAACGCAUUGCCAACAGACACGACAGUGAGAAUGAGGGAACGUGGCACGACACAGAGCGGCUCAUUCAGCGUUUCAGGGCUAAUCUGGUCGUGUCAGGACAAGAGGCGUUUGCUGAAGACGGCUGGUCUCACUUAACAGUAGGAGACACAGUGUUUCAGGCGAUUGGGAGAUGUGGCCGCUGUCAGAUGAUUGGGGUUGAUCAGAAAUCAGCCACUAGAAGCCAGGAACCCCUUCGCUCGCUUUCUGAAUGCAGAAGUGGAAAGGUGACGUUUGGUGUUUACUUGGCUCAUCGGUCAGCAAGGAACAGCACUGCUGUCCCCGUCUUAUCCGUAGGGGCCCGUGUUAUUCCCCGAAUAUCAGAAUCUACUGAUAAACCCUAAAAAUGUUUUGUAAUUUUAGUCUGAUUAAACUAAACGGUCACAUUUAAUUUGGAUUAAUGUGUGUGUUUGAUAUAAGUGUAUUAAUAAUAUAUAAAUGUACUGUAAAUAUUUUAUACACUUUGAACAGGCUUUAUAAAUUCUGCAUAUUCAAUGUGAAAUAUAUUACAUUUUUGUGCUAUUUAACUACAAGAGCAGAAAUAAAACUCCACAGUAUAUAGCCUUUUCUUAGA